AUGGUUCCACAAGGAUACUGCAGAUGCAGUUUAGGCGAUAUUUCGCAGAUCCUAGAACUUACACCGGAGCUGAGAGGACUCCCUGGCCCUCAAGGUCCAACUGGUGCUGAUGGUACUACAGGAUCUCCGGGGAAAACUGGGCAAAUGGGGGAUCCAGGUCCUCCCGGACCAGUGGGACCUAAAGGAGAUCGCGGUGAGCGAGGUGAUCAAGGACCAUCUGGACCUGAAGGCCAGCCAGGACCAAAAGGUGAACCAGGUCUAGACGGAAUUCAAGGUCCACAAGGUCCACCUGGACCACCUGGCCCACCCGGCAUAGUGUCGUCUGCUUUAAUGGAAUCAACAGUCUUGUACGGGUCCGGAAAUGCAGUACUUCCAGGACCACAAGGUGAAAGAGGCCAAAUGGGGUUACCUGGUCCACAAGGGGAACGAGGAUAUCCUGGAAACAAAGGAGAGAGGGGUUUACAUGGUCCUAAGGGUGAUAAAGGAGAAAGAGGGUACAUGGGUUUAAGAGGCCCACAUGGCGCAAAAGGGGAAAGGGGACAGGCCGGCCGCGAUGGUACGCCUGGGCUCCCGGGCGCCCACGGCCGGCCUGCCGAAAAGGGUGAAAAAGGAGCACGUGGUCUUCCUGGUCCACCUGGACCCCCAACGAUUAAAGUAUCAGAAAAAGCUGUAUCGAGUGAUAUACAACAAAAUGGAGUCCGAGAUUUACUAAAAAUAAAAGGGGAAAGAGGAGAAAAAGGAGAUAAGGGUGAAAAAGGUUUACGUGGUAUGGAAGGUCCCCAAGGGUUUCCUGGUAAUGAUGGUAAACCUGGAGAACGAGGAGAUAUUGGUCCAUCCGGGCUUCCUGGGACUCAAGGAAUACCAGGUCAAUCGGGACCAAAAGGGGACAAAGGUGAAGCGGGGCCACCUGGGCCAGUUGCCAUAUCUAGAGAAGAAGCCCUGAUAUUAACUAAGGGUGAUAAAGGUGAAUCUGGACCAAGAGGAAAACGGGGUCAUCCUGGUCCACCUGGUCCUAGAGGACCUCCAGGUUUACCCGGUCCUCCAGGCACACCAGGAACAAAUGGAAUCUCUGGGGACAUAGGUUUACCGGGAUGGACUGGACCACCUGGAGCGGCCGGGUCACCUGGACCUCAAGGUCAAAAGGGAGAAAAAGGAGACCCUGGUUUAAAUUUACAUGAUCUCGAAAAGAUAAAGGGAGAUAAAGGAGAUCGCGGCUACGACGGUACGCCAGGGGCAGCGGGAAAGGAAGGGCCGAGGGGACCACCUGGCCCACCUGGAAUUCCCGCAAUGAAUAUAAAACAUGUGCCGGUACCCGGACCUCCGGGACCACCGGGCCCUCCGGGACCUCCCGGAUUCUUUCCGAACGAAGUACCUGAUACGUUUACCGAUAGUCCAGGGAUUAAUCGUCGAGAGCCAGGCACGGGGAAACAACGUGAUCCCUUACAAAUUCUGAGAAAUUUGAAUCAUCUAGUUAAUUUUCGACAAGAGUCUUAUGGUUUUCUGGAUCCAUUAGCGGAUAAUCCAGAGUUUGAUGAUGACGAAGAUGGCAGAGCUAUAGUUGGAACUAUUAUAUUCAAAACAACAGAUUCGCUAAUGAGAGUAAGUUUUUAAAGAAGUUUUGUGAAAUAACUUUAAUUAUUGAAUAAUUAUGUGAUUAAACGAACUUACCUUAAGUGAAGUUCUAUCACAAUUAUACCAGGCUCCUUGUCCAAGACGGGUUUUUACGUGUAGUAACGCUGAUUGUGUUAGCGACGACCACAUAUGUUCAAAGCUAUAAAUAUAAAAAAAAAAAUAACAUUUUGCUCUGUGACAACUUCAUCUGUAAUGUCAUUAUGUUUAAAGCGUAGGAGGUAGUAUGAACAACUCUGAAAAUAAGGGAUGAGAGAUACUGUACAUAUCUCUGUGGGAUGGGUGGGAGUCCCGUCUUGGACAAGGAGCCUGGUAUAAUUGUGAUAGAACUUCACUUAAGGUAAGUUCGUUUAAUCACAUAAUUAUACCUCUCCUUGUCCAAGACGGGUUUUUACGUGUAGAUGUUUAAAGUAUAGGUUGUGAAUACUACUUAUAAUAAAAAGAAAAAAUGUAAUAAAUGAGUUUUAUUAUAGUCACACAUUUUUAAGAAAUAACAUGAAUAUUAACUACAUAAAAUAAUGUUAUAUUUUAAAGUCUUUUGACUUAUAUUUUGAUAUAUAAUUAAAAUAAUAAUCAUUAAUCAACUUCUUAUUAGAUAUUAUAAAAACUUGAAUAACUUAUACCUAAUUAAAAAAAAUUAUACAGAAUUAGAAACAAAUUUAAGAAACAUUAAUAUUAGCUGUGUCACAGAUCAUAACACUAUAAUUUGUUGGUCCCUCAACUAUCACAGGUCUAUUAUAAUGUUUUGCAAACAUAACUGAGUUAUUUGACCACCCUGCAGUCGAACGUAUAAGGUCUAUAUUCAUGCCCGAUCGAUUAGCGGCAGAUGUUGAAGCGUGCCUAGUACUGUGAGCAGAAAAAAUAUUUGUAUCUAUGCCAGCUUCUUCCAAUGUUGAUUUUAUCCAACGACUUAUUGUCUGUGAUGUAACAUUAAGAUGAGGUUUUUUAAAAGAAAUAAAUAAAUUUUCACUUUUAUCUCUUAAGGGUUCUGUCUUAGCUAAAUAAGAUCUUAAAGUUGUAACGGGACAAAUUUCAAGUUUUAUGUCAUAGGACUUGAGAUGAAGCACAGGUUGUAAAUUCCCUCUGCUAGAAGUUUUAAUAAGAUCUGAAAUAUAAAUUUGAACCCCCGAAUUCAUAAAUUGAAUAUUUGCUACUUUAAUAAGAGAGAGAGUCUGAACUCUGUGUGCUGUUGUUAAGGCGAGUAAUGUGACUAAUUUUUUAGAUAAAUAUUCUAAUGGUAAAUUUUCAUUUGGAUAAAAGUUGCUAAGAUAGUUUAAAACAACGCCCGGAUCCCAGGUUACAUUGUACUUGGGUGUGGGUGGUUUCAAGCGAAAAAUCCCCUUCAUAAAUCGUUUUACUCUGUCAUCAGAUCCUACUGUGGGUCCUAAUAUUAAAGAUAAGGCUGAUCUUGUUGAGUUUAAAGUACCAUAUGAGGCUCCAGAUUUAAAAUAAUCACUUAGGAAAUUUAAUACGUGGGAGAUAGAACCCUCAUACGGAUUAAUAUUAUUACAAUUACAAAACUCCCACCAUACCUUCAAGGAACUAUGAUAUUGUUUAAUUGUGUUGUUCGCAAGAGAUUUCAACAUUAUAUCUAAAGCAGAUUUAGGGAUAUUUCUUCUUAAGUAUGCCUCGCUGAUAACAGCCCUGCCGCCAGGGAAAGUUGUUUGUGAAGGGGAUGAACCAUUCUGAAAGGGGACACAAUAAGAUUUUUGUGAGGUUCAAAUAUGAUAGGUUCAGAUAUUAAUAAUGAUUUUAAUAAGGGAAACCAAGGUUGAGAGGGCCAGUAUGGAUAAACUAAGAUACCCAUUGCUUUAUCCAUUUUGAUUUUGUGUAAACAUUUCAAUAUUAAUGCAAAGGGGGGAAAGGCAUAAAAGAAAAUAUCACUCCAACUCACAGUGAAAGCAUCAACUGCAAAGGCUUUCGGGUCUCUUUUCCAUGAAAUAAAUUUUGUGCAUUUAUUAUUUAUCCUAGAUGCAAAUAAAUCGACUUCAGGGGUACCAAACUUAUCAAUAAUUAUUUUAUAGGUUUUAGGACACAGUUCCCAUUCAAUAUUUAUACGUCUCGAUUCUUUAUCUGCCUCAUAAUUAUCUUUGGUAUUAAUAUAGGAACAAAACAAAUAAAUAUUUCUCUUUUCACACCAUUGCCAUAUUUUACGUGCCAUAUCAUUAAGGUGAGGAAAUUGAAUCCCUCCCAUUUUAUUUAUGUAUGCUAAAGCAGUGGUAUUAUCUGCUCUCAAUAAUAUUUGACAGUUAAACAUGUCUUUAGCAAAACACUGAAUUGCUAGAAAGAUUGCCUUUAAUUCUAAAAAAUUUAUAUGAUAAUUUUUUUCCUCAGCUGACCAAGAUCCUGAGGUUCUGUCUGAACCACAAACUGCACCCCAACCAGUUUUACUUGCAUCCGUAUGGAUUUCUAAUUUAUAUUUGGAAUUUUUAAUUAUAUUAAAGUUAUUUAUAUUUUUGAUCCACCAUUCAAACUCAGGACCUAGAUGAUAUGGUAAAU